AUGAUCACCAAAGGCCUUUUCGCUCUUGGGGUGGCGGUACCUGCGUUUGCAAGUUCGCUGGUUCAACGCCAAAGCUCAUCACUUGAAGCUUGCCCUGGGUACACUGCCAGCAACCUUCAGGAUAAUGGCUCCAAGGUUACCGCGGACCUUACGCUUGCGGGCACCGCUUGCAAUGUCUACGGCGAAGACUUGACUGACCUCAAGCUUGAAGUCGAGUACCAGACUGCCGAACGCCUCCACGUCAAGAUCUUCGAUGCUGAAGAGCAAGUCUUCCAGAUCCAAGAAUCUGUCUGGCCUCGUCCUUCCGAUGAUGAGGGUGUCAGCCCCGAGGACUCUGCCCUGUCAUUCACAUGGACCGACAGCCCGUUCUCGUUCGCCAUCAAGCGCAAGGAGACCAAUGAGACUCUCUUCGACACCUCCGCUGCAUCGCUCGUCUUUGAGUCGCAGUACCUUCGUCUCAGGACUGCUCUGCCUCCUUCGCCCAACCUAUACGGUCUUGGUGAAUCGACUGACCAUUUCCAUCUGAACACCACCAACUACACCCGCACUCUCUGGAACCGUGAUGCCUACGGUACCCCAGAGGGUUCCAACCUCUACGGAGCUCACCCCAUCUACUUUGAUCACCGCGGCGAGAACGGCACUCACGGUGUCUUCUUGGCCAGCUCCCAGGGUAUGGACAUCAAGAUCGACGACUCCCAGGGCCAGUUCCUUGAGUACAACACUCUAGGUGGUGUUCUUGACUUCUACUUCCUUGCUGGUCCUGGACCGAAGGAAGUCGCAGUCCAGUACUCUGCUCUCUCUGGUCUUCCCGCUAUGAUGCCUUACUGGGGUUUCGGAUCUCAUCAAUGCAAAUACGGUUACCGUGAUGUUUGGCAAGUUGCUGAGGUAGUUGCCAACUACUCCGCUGCCGACAUUCCUCUUGAGACCAUGUGGACCGACAUCGACUACAUGGAGCUCCGUCGCCUGUUCACUCUGGAUCCAGAGCGUUACCCUCUUGAACUGGUCCGCGAGGUGGUUGACUACCUCCAUGCCCACCAGCAGCACUACAUCAUGAUGGUCAACUCGGCUGUCUGGAGCGGUGACUACGAUGGCUACAAUGACGGUGCCGAGCUCGAUGUUUUCCAGAAGCGCGAGAAUGGCUCUUUCUUCGAAGGCGCUGUCUGGCCCGGCCCAACUGUCUUCCCCGACUGGUUCCACCCCAACACCCAGCAGUACUGGGACCAGAAGUUUGCCGAGUUCUUCGACCCUGCGACCGGUGUUGAUAUCGACGGUCUGUGGAACGACAUGAACGAGCCUGCCAACUUCUGCCCGUACCCUUGCGAAGAUCCUGUAGCCUACUCAGAGGAGUCCAAGAACCCGCCUGAGCCACCGCCAGUCCGCACCUCUGCCGACGGCCGUCAGAUCCCUGGCUUCCCUGCGGGACUCCAGCCGCAGUCCAACUCCACGCUGAAGACCCGCUCAAGCUCCCCUCUCAGCAAGCGCUCCAACUUCAAGCGUCAAGCCUCCAACAACACCGAAGACCUUGCCGCGCACCCCGGUCUUCCCGGUCGUGACCUGAUCAACCCGGAGUACCAGAUCGCUAACGCUGCUGGCUCCAUCAGCAACAAGACCCUCGACACCGACAUCCAGAACUACGACGGAACAUACCACUAUGAUACCCACAACUUCUGGGGCUCGAUGAUGUCGAUUGCUUCGCACAAGAGCAUGCUUGCGCGCCGUCCUGAACGUCGUCCUUUGAUCAUCACUCGCUCUACUUUCGUCGGUCUGGGUACCUACCUCGGAAAGUGGCUCGGUGAUAACGUCUCGGAAUGGACGCAAUACCGCUUCUCCAUCGCCGGCAUCCUCAACUUCAACUCCAUCUUCCAGAUACCCAUGGUCGGUCCUGACAUCUGCGGUUUCGCCGGCAACACCACCGAGACACUCUGCGCACGCUGGGCAACCCUCGGUGCCUUCUACCCCUUCAUGAGGAACCACGCUGGCGACACAUCAAUCGACCAAGAGUACUACCGCUGGCCCCUGACCACCGCCGCAGCCAAGAACGCCAUCGCCGUCCGCUACCGUCUACUCGACUACUUCUACACAGCCUUCCACCGCCAGACCACCACCGGAGAACCCAGCUUGAACCCGCUGUGGUUCCACUACCCCACCGACCCCAACACCUUCGCCCUCGAAUACCAGUUCUUCUACGGCGACGCCAUCCUCGUGUCGCCCGUGCUGGAGGAAAACUCCACCAGUGUAUCCAUCUACCUCCCCAACGAAGUCUUCUACGACUACUGGACCGGCGAGCGCAUCCAAGGAAACGGAAGCAUGAUCGAUCUGACCGACAUCGGUUUCGACUCUAUCCCCCUCCAUGUCCGCGGCGGCUCCAUCCUGCCUCUGCGCGCUGAAUCCGCAAACACGACGACCGAGCUGCGGAAGCAGGACUUUGUCUUGUGGAUCGCGCCGAACGCUACGAAUCAGGCUUCGGGCUCGCUGUACCUCGACGACGGCGAUAGCAUCGAGCAGCCGUCUACGUCCAUGAUCACGUUCUCCUACGACAACGGCAAGUUCAGCAUGAACGGUGAGUUUGGAUACGAGACAGAGUGUGUGGUUAAGAAUAUUACUAUUCUUGGUACUGGAAGAAGUGUUCAGGGCCCUGUUGCGCUCAAUGGAAGCUUCGAGUAUGACUUUGGUGCUGGGGCCGGUAUGCCGGAGUAUACGGGUAAGGCGCAGAAGCGGAGUUUGGGUGUUGGUGCGGCGUGGGGUGUUGGGAUGGGGUUGGCGAGUGUGUUGUUGAACUUGUAG